AUGGAGGCCCAGAAGCAGCCUGGUUUUACAGUAGCACUAGCAGAGGGACCAGUUCCAACCUCUACUCUUCAGCCCGCCAAGGGUUCUUCAGAUGUCAGACAAGGCAGAGUGAUUCCUCAGCAGGGACAAGCACCGUCUCAACCUGUGUAUCUAAAAGCCCUUACCAUACCACUGUACCAGACUGUCCAGGCAGGCUGCUUCCAGCCAAAUGGUCAGUUGGUGACUAGCAGGAGCUGUAUAAAUCUCGACAGCAGUAACAUUCCUCUCAUCCUGAAUCCACUUGUUCCUUCAGAAGGCACAGAUCAGCCUCAGCCAGUUUUUCAGAAACAACUUGGGCAAACUCUAACAUUGAACAUUGUGAGCACUUUACCAGUUCUAUCAUCACCAACUUCUUGUGUAAACGUGUCUGUUGAAAGCCCAGGAAAAUCAAAAAAAGCUGGGAAAUAUAUCUGUAAACACUGUGGACGAGAUUGUUUGAAGCCAAGUGUCCUAGAGAAACACAUUCGCUCUCACACAGGAGAGAGGCCCUUUCCCUGCACCGCUUGUGGCAUUGCGUUUAAAACUCAAAGCAAUUUGUAUAAACACAGAAGAACUCAAACACAUGUCAACAAUACCAGGCUGCCCUCAGAUUCUGACAGCAGUGGCAUCUCAGAGCAAAAUGAGAAAUCGACAGAGGGCAUCGUGUCACAUCAAGGCAGUAAACUACCUAGUAGCUCCUCUGAAGAUAAGGGGAUACAGAUGAAAAAAGGGAGUUCAGAGACCAGUGCUGGAAUAGACACUAAGAAGCUUCUUAAUGACCUUUCACUGCCAGCAACUAGCAAUUCAUCACUUGUUUCAGAAAAUCAAGAAAUGGCAAAUCAGUCCUUUAGUUCAAAGGCUAAUCAGGGGGCUCCUGAAAGAGAACUUCAAAUUUCAUCAUCUCCAGGAGCUUUGCCAAAUAGUCAGUGCCAGAGAAAGAAGAUACAGGAGCAAAGAACUCCAACUGUCAAUAAGCAUAUUCAGUUGCAAAGGCAGCAAGCAACCUCUUCAGAGAAACAGUGGGAUUACAAGCCAUUUGAGUGCAAGCUAAAGAAAUGUGAGAGCACUGACUCAGGGUAUCUGUCACGCUCUGAUAGCACAGAACAACAGAUGGCAUCAUCCAGCCCAUUGCACAGUCUCUGUGAACACAGCACAGAACUGGAAAACGAAACUGCCUUCAGCAGCCCAAGGUGUACCUCCGGAAGCAGUGCAAAGCCAGAUGCAGCUGAGAAAGCUACAGCCUUGAUGCUAGAAAAAAGGAGGCUGGAAGAACACAUUUCAAAACUUAUUUCUCAUAACAAAAGUGUGGUGGAUGAUACCCAGUUAGACAAUGUUAGGCCCAGAAAAACUGUCCUUUCUAAACAGGGAAGCAUUGAUCUGCCAAUGCCUUAUACAUACAAAGACUCUUUCCAUUUUGACAUCAGAACUUGUGAUGUAAAUAGGAAAAAGAAUCUUCCUUUUUGUCCAGCAAAAUCUACCUUUGCACCCCUAGAAAAAUGCAAGCCAGUGCUUUUUCAUUCAGUUCCCACCCAGUUCUCCACAGUGGCUGACACUGUGCCUGUUACACGAAGCAACUCUCUGCCAUUUGUGGAGGGCACAAGAAUGGUACAUGACAAAGCAGGUUGCUCUAAACCACUUUCUCUUACUAAGCAGUCUGUAAACACAGGCACUGCUGGUUUGCUGCCUAGCAACAAUCUUGCUGCAAAUUCAGUGGAUUUUCCUAACAGCCAUCCCCGAACUCUAGUCAGACAAACAGCAGUGGAUGAUUUGCCACUAAGUAAUGUGGUUGAUCAUCGUCCUCCUCCAGAGGAACUGCAAGGGAGUAGAAAGCUUGGGGCUGGAGAAGUAAUCAGUGCUAAAAAUAAGAAAUACAAUCAAAGGAAGUUAAAGAUGUUCUCUCAAGAAAAAUGGCAAAUGUAUGGAGAUGAAACAUUUAAGAAAUUCUACCAAAAAAUGAAAAGCAAUCAAAGUGCCAAGAAAAUAAAACAAAGGAGGAAUAAGGUUACAGAUAUUACAAGCUUCAGUAGUGAUUCAAAGGAAUUUGUCAGCAGUACUGAUAUUACUGAGGAACGAGAUGGAAAGAGCUCUGAAAGUGACAGUCCUUCCUCCCUUGUGACAACAGGUUUAAACACUGCUAAAUCAGAAACCAGCACUACGGGUAAUCAUAUUCUACUGACUGUGUCUUCUGAAAAAACUGCAGACAGUGCAAUCUGUGUGAUGGAGACAUCACAUUCAGUGAACACUCGCGCAGGUGCUGUCAUGAGCAAAACUUCCCAGGACCUCCAGGGCAGUGACAUACAGAAGUACACAGGUGGCAACAGCACAUUACGAGCUCCAAGCAGUUGUGAGUUCAGGUUUCGAAAUACUCAGUGUCAGCUGAACACUGACAAGAGUGGUGACUGCUUGCCAGUACGGAGUAGCAAAUGGGAAGACCCAAGCCCUGGGAAAGAAUCCAGUACAUUUGAAUCAGAUUGUAAAAGCACUUCAAACAAUUACAAAAACCAUGGCCAGAAUAAGGAAACUGGCCAGCAUGCCCUGACACCCCCAUGGGUCCAUUGCAACAACAACAGAGAAGCUGCAGGAAAAUCCCAGAAUUUACCAUCAGAAAGAAAAAAGCUGAAAUUUGAAGUGGAAAAGACACAAAACAUUAUUUCAAAGUCUUGUCUUAGUCCCAGUAGUAAAACCAAUGCAGUAAAUGAAGCAGAGCACGUUUGUUGCACUAGCAUCCAGUGUCUUUCCACAGCACCAGUGAAAUUCUCCAGCAAAGCAGAGGAACAAAAAUUAAGCACAGGAAUUAAUGAAUCCACUGGAAGUACUGAGAUUGUGCAAUAUAUUAAAACAAUCAAACUCCCCACUAAAGCUCUUCAUUACAGUGAUGUUAACCUUUCGCAGUCAGCAGGUAUCUCAAAAGCUUCACAUGUGGGAUUUUUAGGGCCUGAAUUAAGGGGAAGUGAUUGCAAUUCUUUUGCCUUGCACAAUGCAAAAGAUAAAGAUGUCAUAACAUGCCUUGAGAAAACAGGAGCAGAAAUACCACUUUCUGAUGACAAUGCUGUUGAUGUGUCUUCUCAAAUUAAUCACCUACUAUCUGGUCAUUUAACUUCAGUCCCACAACAAAAUGCCUUUUCUCCAAAAUAUAUCCUUAAAUUGCCACAAGCCAAGACAGCCUCCGAUUUGUUGCUUGGACUUAGAUCAGAACAGAAGAUGACACCUUGCACAGCUGUGACAGACACCUUAACCAGCCUGCCCUUCUCUUCCAACAGUGAAUCAUCAGGUUCCCAUUCUAAUGAUCUAGUUUGGUCCCCUUUAAAAUGUGAAGUGACACAAAAAGCCAACAAAGGAGAGCCACAAUGGAAUGUACAUGCAAAUUGGAAAACUCCAGUAUUUUGUUCACCAGUCAAUUCCAGUGAAACAGAAACGAAAGAUAUCUCAACCACAGCCGAUAACACCUUUUAUAACCAAAACAUCAGGCAGCAGGAUAUUAUAAAAGAUGCUUGGAAAAACAAACAGAACAAAAAUAAAUUAAAUUAUCAAAAGCAAACAGAAGAGAAGUGGAUGAGCCUAAGUGCUUCCUCUACACAGAUCCCAAAGAAGAAAAUAUGCUUUACUUCUGUGUAUACAAGUGGUUUUUUCAUACCAGCUGACAUCAAAGAAGAGAGGAAGACUUCACACAAUCUUUGCUCAGGAAGUGACUCUUUGAUAAUAGCAUCAGCUUCCAGCAAGGGUGCAGAGCCAACAAGUGUGGGAUGGGACAGAGGUGGAGGUCCGUGCGUUCUUAAGGACCCGGCACCAGCGCUGCAGGACACACAGCGUUCUCAGAGCCCAACAGACAACCUCCCCUCUUUUUGCCAUUCCUUUGGCACUUUUUAUUGCCACACUCUCAAUGCUCACUGUAAAGAAUUCCCAGCACUGCCCCACAAUGAUCUGACUUGCUACUCUGGAAGUUUAACAGUAUCAAGCAUGAAGAGCACCUUCCCAUCACUAAAUGCGGAACCUCAACUAACUUGGUGCUGUUUAACAAGAAGCCUUCCUCUGCCUGCUGAGCAGAAGGGGAAUGCAGACUCUGCCUAUUCCUCUGUGCACACCUGGGCCAAGGGAUGCAGUAAUGAAUGCCCACUGUCAAAAUACGAUACUUCUAUUUUCAAGAUAGAAAAUGUUAGCAAGACUGUGGCAUAUGCCUUAACAAACGGGAGUUUAGAAACUCUGGUUUCAUCCUUUUCUAAAGGACAACAGAUGCAGGAGCUCAGCUCAGCAGCUCCUGUUGAUGCUUUCAAAAACAUUUCAGAGCAGAAGAAGAAAACAGUAGUUUGCAAAAAGGAAAAAAUCUCAACAAAUAAACUCAAGAGGAGCCACAAACAGAAAAAGAUUAAAGUCACCCCAAAAUGGUGCAGAGGGAGGCAUGUCCAUGGACAUGCUCAGCUGAACCAACGAAGCAAGCGACACUGUUUUCCCAAUAAAGCCCUGGAUGCUUUGAAAAAGGGCUACUUAUCACAACCCUGUAACUUUAGGAAGUAUAAAUGCCAUUCUCCUCAAUCAAAGGAACAAGAAAAUUACCUACAUGAGCAGAAAGACACAUCUUUUUCCACUUCAGACAAGCCAUUUUGCAGAAGGAAAAAAGAAGGAAAGAAUAACCCAGGAGUAUUUUCCCAUACUGAAAAUCUAAUCCAUGUUAAGCAAAAAGACAAAAUGGAUAAAAAAGACAUUUCUGGGCAAAUCAGAGAACACACAAGAACAAACUUCUCUUUUCAGAACUUUACAGCUCCUCUGGAAAUACCUGUAACAGCUCAUUCCUGUUCACCCACUGUUAGUACAGCCACCCAGCUCGUCAGCCAGGCUGUGGAAAUCUGCUGUUUAGUGACACAAUCACUGGUGCUUCAGUGCGCGGUGCCAGGAGAGGCACCGCCAAACCUUCAGAGUGACUCAAGGGAAUCUUCUGCUUGGUCUGGCCCUUCUGAUUUUGCCAAUACAGGCACAGGUGACCAAACUGACAGCACGAACUCAGAGACUACUGGUCCUCUUUCUUUACAUAUAGAAACAACCCAGGAAAAUGUACUACAUGUAGAGUCAGAGAGUCAAAGAGUUGGUACAUUAGACUCAGUGAUCCAGGCCUCAGGAAGGGAGAAACCUCCAGCUGAAGAAAACACAUAUUCAUGUCCAAAAGAAAGCUCAGCUCCCAGUUCCCAGCCUGGAUGUUCACGUUUCUUUGGCUCAAAAGCGGAGUCUCCUCCUGAGUCAGCCACAACAGCUAAAUCACCCAGUACAGAAUACACAGAGUGGACAAACUUUUCUCAAAAAAUCCUUGCCUUUCAGAGAAGGGCAGACAAGAAUGGAACCCACCUGCAGCCACAUAGCUAUGGAAGGCCACAUGAAGCAGCUAUUACUGCCUUAAGGAAGUCCCCAAUUAAUCUCAGGUCCCCCGAGUUUAACACUUAUUCUGCAACACCUUGCAAGAUGUACAAGAAGAGAGGUUUAGAGAUUAUGAGGAAGCAAACCAGAGUUGAGUAUGAUGACACUAGCAGUGAUGAUGAAGAUAGGCUCAUUAUAGAAAUAUAG